AUGGAUCGCAACCGUAUCCAGUCCUCGCGCUCCUCUAAAACUACUUCUCCACCUCUCACGUCACAAACGCAAAAGCUCAAAGAUUCCUGCGACAAGUGUUCUUCAUCUAAAGUGCGCUGCACGAAAGAAAAGCCAUCUUGCGCUCGGUGCGAUAAGCUUGGAUAUACAUGCUUUUACAGCCCAGCAAGACGGGUUGGCCGACCUUAUCGGUCAAAAGAACCAUCCUCCGAGGAGAAAGAUAACGAGGAGUCGGACCGAGCUUCUACAAAAAAUACACCGACGACUCGCUUUGUAGAUGAGAGUGUAAGAAUAUACUCCCGCUUCAAUGCAGCCACCUCAGUCGAUGCCAGCCUCAACAGCACAAGCUCGGCUUCUGUUAUCCAAAACAAUUUCAACCCAUCAGAGUCAAAUCCGGCAAAGCAUCGUGACAUUGACCCUGACUGCGUGCUAGUUGCUUUGGACUUAUUUGCGGAUCUGGAGGUUCCAGCAGAACAAUUGAGACGAGCAUCGCCCGUUGACUCGGCUCUGCUCAACGCAACCGCUCAAACAAUCACAUCAGCCUUUCGCCAGCUCUCCACUAUUUUGAUUUGUCCUUGUUCUGAGCGGGCGGAGGUUGGCAUGCUAGUUUCUGCGAUGUGUAUGUCCAUCAUUGAUAUGCAUGUUAUGACGAUUGCCAAAUUUGCUCGAGAUCAGCCGCCCCCUGCGGUUCUUGACCAAACAGCGCCUUGGGAAAGUCCUGGUGUUGGGCCUCAUAGGUCACCUGAGCAUGAAGCUACGGCUAUGCGAGUGUUGGGCGAGCUUUCUAAAGUGGCCAAGUUGAUUCUUCAAUUCACGGAGCGAUACAAUGAUGGGAAUGGAAGCUUGAAUAGAAGCAACGGUAGAAAGAAUGGGUCAGAAUUGCCGGCAGGGUUUUUGCCAUCAAUGGCUACAUUUUUGCGAGAGAGAUUGCAGCAGAUCACCAAUGAUACAACUUAUUGGCUUGGGUAG